AGACUUACCUCGUCUCGCACCUUCCUCGCCCUCAAACACAUAGUGCCUAGGUGGGGAACGUGUGUGUGUGUGUGAGUGUGUGUGUGUUUACGCUUUCACAGGAAGUGAGGGUCGGCAUGGGUUGUCAGAGCACGUGCUUUGGUCUAAGAUGAUAGUAAAAGAAAAAAGUUAGAGCUGUGGUUUGAAUGAGAUCACAUGAAUUUGAUUAUGAUCAUAGUAGGAGGAGGCUUGAGGUAUUUCUAGAAAGAUAAAACAUUGAAGGAUUGUUUUUGUGUUUAAAAUGCCAAAAUGUUUGUUGCAGAAGGCUUUAACACGUGAGUCACCAAAUUAUGAUUUUAUCUGAAAAGUUCAUCCUAAAGGGCAGGAAAGUCCCAGUUGUUAGAGGUGCUAGGAACACACUUCAUUACUAGAACACAGUCAGUGCUGGGAAAUACGCAUUUUGAAUGAAACAGCCCUGUUACUGUUUUUUGAAGAUAUAUCAGUUGUUACAGACACUUGAAUGAAGGAAAAGCUUUUUCUCUUUUUGGAAUCAGGAUUCAAAAGAGCUCAUUGUUGGUGAACAGUAUGGACGCAUCAUACUCAGAUAUGUAUAACUAUGAUGACAACACUUCCGACUGUGAGCAGUAUCCCGGCCCAGAGUUUUCAAAUGGAUCCACGGUCUUAACAGUUCUUUACUACCUGCUAUUUUGUCUCGGUCUGCUCGGUAACGUCACAGUCCUCUGGGUUCUCCUCCGCUACAUAAAGUUGAAAAACAUGACGGAUGUGUGCCUCCUCAACCUGGCCCUGUCUGACCUCAUGCUGGCUGUAUCUCUGCCCCUGUGGGCCCACGACCCCCAGAACCUGGCGUCGUGCAGGCUGAUGACAGGAGUCUAUCAGCUGGGGUUCUACAGUGGCAAUCUGUUCGUGACCUUGAUGAGCAUGGACCGCUACCUGGCCAUCGUCCACGCCGUGGCAGCGAUGCGUGCCAGGUCGCUUCGCUACGGGAUCAUAGCUAGCAUCGCCAUCUGGGUUGUCGCUGGAAUCAUGGCAACACCUCAGCUGAUAUUUGCCUCCUUGGAGAUAGAGGCAGAUGACCCACGUUGCGAGCCUCUGUACCCUGAUGACAUGCUGCAGUUCUGGAAGAUGCAACGAAACUUCAGUGAAAACACAGUGGGCCUUUUCGUCUGUCUCCCCAUUAUGAUUUUCUGCUACGUGAAAAUUCUUGUGGUGCUGUCCAGGUCCAGGAACUCACAAAAGGGCAAAGCUGUGAAGCUGAUAUUCAUCAUAGUGUGUGUGUUUGUGGUGUGCUGGGUCCCUUACAAUGUCAUCGUUUUCCUUAAGACACUGCAGCUCUUUGAUAUGAUGAACGACUGUGAUGCUUCGAAAACCCUGAACUCUUCCAUGUGCUUUGCUGAGAUCAUUGCAUUGGCUCACUGCUGUGUGAAUCCGGUCAUCUAUGCCUUUGUCGGGGAGAAGUUUAGGAAGUCACUGGGCAAGGUGACGGCGAGAUGCUUCUGCUGGAGUUAUCAGAGCAGAGUGGCUUUCAGGGACACCACAGAGAAAGAGACUUCCAACACGCCCGUAAAAUCAGAUUACUGAAGAUUGUAAAACAUGCCUGGUGGCUGUGUUGUGGUGGUGCGUGCUUGUGUGGUUGUGAUGAUUCAGCAGUGUGUGUGUGUAGUGUUGGGUAGAUGAUGCUUGUUAUUACUGUAAAAUGGUGCACUGAUAAUUUCCAGAAACGAGGGAAUGAUUCAGUUUUGAAUGUGUACAGAUUUUAAUGAUUUUUUUCUUCAAAUCAUGUAAUUCAAAGUAUAUUUGGAACUUGUGCAAUUGUAUUGUUUUUAUAAAAGACAAUAAAUAAAGCUCAUCGACCUCUUAUUUCCGCAAA